CAUUUGAGUAACAUGAGGACAUGAGUCUGCAAGUCUCAGUAUGCUUUACAAUGCUUUAUUAUCACUAACGGCAUUUAUGUUUUGUCUUAGUCUUUUCCUGGUGCACAGAGCCAGUGUUUUAGAAAAUGAUUUUCGCAAAGUCCAAGGGGAUAUAAUUCUACAAUUAAAUCAGCCACGUUCUGAGGGAGUCAAUGGGAAACUGGCCAAGAUGUCUAAAACAAGGGAGGACAUAAAACCAAGUACUAUCCAAAUAUCUCAGAGUUCUCUGAAGAUAUCUUCUAGGAGAGUAAAACGGGAACAGGGCAGCUGCAGAGCUCCAACAUCGUUUCUGCAGUUAACAGCUAAUACUAACAAACAGCCGAGCAUAAGAGGAAAUAUAAUAGAGAUCCCUUGGACUGUUUCUGCGCAGCAAGGAAAUGCAAUUUCAGCUAAUGAAAACAGAAUUGUUGUCCAAGAAGAUGGUUAUUACUUGGUGUUUGGACAAGUUUUGUUCGAGAGCCCAAGCACAGUUAUGGGACAUGUAAUUCGAAGUUGGGGUUCCACGACAUCAGGGACAGGUUCAACAGAGCUUUUGCGCUGUCUGCAAGAGAUAUCCGAUGCAAAUGCUGCCAAUACAUGCUACACCUCAGGCAUAGUGCAGCUGCGUCAGAAUGAUGAGCUAGAACUGGUGAUACCGUACCGGCCCCAAGCCCUGAUCUCCAUGGACGCAGAGUCAACAUUUUUUGGUGUCAUACAGCUGAACUGAAACAAGGACAGAAUAAAGACGAUAACGGCACAGCUUGUUGUCACAGGAUAUAGAGAGCUGACACUGAGCUGUGUGAGAGGAUGUUGAUAAAAGACGGAGUGACAGCAGAGGGAAAACUGAACAUCACAGCCUCCCAGGAGGUCAGAAAAGGACAUAAUGAACUUUUUUUUUAAAUCAACAUCCCAUUAGUUUUUUACUUUUGAAAUCCUUUAAAGCAUUUAAGUGUCUCUUUCACAGUUAGUCCACCUGCGCUGCUAUCCCAUGACAUUGUUUAUGUGUGCUCCCACCUCCUUUCAUCAGCCUAUUUUAGCACAUCUCUUUAUACCUUGCUGGGGACUUCCCUCUAGCACCAUCUCCGCACUGUCUGUCUGUUUAUUUGUUCCUCGUCUAUUUUAGGAUGGUUUCCGUUUUCCGAAGACUAUGUCAGGAACAAACAAUGGUAUAAAUUUAUAUCACUCAAAGGGAGGUGUUUUGUAUUUGGCACGAAACUCCUCAACACUGUAAAUGUUGUAAUAUCAUGUUAAAAGAAAAAUGUGACAAUCUUUAUCUGAAUGACAGUUUUGAACCCAGUUAGAAUUCCCAAAG